CUACAAUCCCGGGUGACCAGGCGCAACGACCUCAUUUAAACCUUCCAAGUAAACGAACCAAGCCUACUUCAAAGUAGGACUCCUCAAUUCGUGCAUCCUUUUCCUUGACGCGCAUCCGUUAUCCGUCCAAGAGGGCAUCUGAAACACCCACGGCGCCAGGAGGCCUGCCCCGUUGGACGUUGGCUCGCACCGCAUGAUAUCAUCCUCUGCAGCAUGUCGCAGGCUCUCGGCGCCACACUUCACUUCAGCAUGCCUGGACUCGACAAAUUUACUCUCUUCGCGCAAUUGCCCUACGACAUUCGCUACAAGAUAUGGGAAAACAUCAUCUAUACUCCCGGCAUCCACUUCCUAAAGUUCGAGCGCACUGAGGUCGCCGAGCCGUCUUCGGACGAUUCCGACGGUGGCGAUGGGGAGCCCGAGUUGAGCCUCUCGUCUGCCAGGGAGGACCAGCCUGAAGCAGAAAAGGCAAAGAAGGCAAAAUUCACGGGCCAGCUGAAGCCCAUCUUCCCGACCAAAGCCGCAGAUAUAUCCUACUAUAUCACGCAAAGCAAGACCUUUGCCCAGCUGUCAUCGGCUUGCGAAGAAGCGGCGCACAUGAUAAAUCUCGCCAUCCAGAAACCCCACACCCUUACUCUCGACAAUGGACGUCUGAUCACCCUAGCCGGAUCAAUGGACGUCAUAUGCAUCGAUUACCCGGACAUGUCCUUCACUCGCCGCCUCGGACGAUGGGCGGACAAACUGGACCUAGAGCAGCUAGCCAAGGUUCGUCGGCUAGCCAUACGAUACCACCAGGAAUGGGACGGGGAGCGGCGCGUUUGCAGAUACUGCGGCCAUGUGCACGACGUGCUACGCAAGGAGCUGCCACGUCGGCACUUGUACGAGUUCGGAGCGCUGUUCAAGAACCUCGAGACCUUCUACUUCAUCGACUACUUGACAGUGCGCAAACCUUUGGACCACCUGAUGGACAAGAAGAAGGCAUACAGAAAAGUCAGCUGGAUGGCCCCGGAAGUGAGACGGAGAAUGGUUGCACUCGCGCCCGCUCAUCAAACAAAAGGCGAGCGAUUCGCCACAGGUGGUCGAACCUACUACGAGGUUGACCCCGACCUGUGCAAGGUCAACACCGAUGUUUUCACCAUGCUCGACUGGGUGCGGCAGAGCUACAUCAGCCACUGCGAGAAACACCCCGAGAAGCACUCCAACCCAACAAAUGUCAAGUUUGGUGUGCUCGGCUGUGAGUGGGAAUAUGCCGAGCAAAUUUCCAAGAAGCGCAAAGCCGGGCGAAUCCACUUUCAUAAGCGAGGAAGACCGCGAGAGUCCCUUCUCGUUGACGCCCUGAAUGAUCUGAACUUGGAGGACCAGAGGCGAUGCUCAGAGUUCCAGAGUCCCUUGGACUUACCCGUCGAUUUCGGUGACGAUGACGAGUAUGACUUCAACUUUGAGCAGGAACCUAAAUUACCGAUAAACUGAUGUUCGGGGUAUCGUUAUGAAGGACUUCGCUGGGGUCGAUAUGAAGAAGGGAAGGACAACGGCCUGCUGCUCAAAAGAUGCGAAUGUUGUGGGAUCCAUUUCUCCCAAGACGGUUCCGAUGGAGGAUUAUACCCAGUGAAAGGCGUUGCUUACGGAAGGACGAGUCAUUGCAUUCAGGAGCUAAAUUGCAGGAUUUGCGAUUGAGUGACCCCAAGGUACUCUAGUAACCUGAUCAGAUUGCUAAGAAGCAUAAUAAUAUUCUAUGCGUUGUUCUUUACUUUGUAGUAUAAACGGGAAGUCGAGUAGGACUAACGUCGCAUUAGUAUCGCAUUACAGUUCUUAUAGGGCUUAAGAGACUUAUCAAUUCGGACAUUCAAGUACC